AUGGCAGCAGAUAAUGUGAUGGCGAUAGAAGAGGACGGGCUGCGAAGAGCUUAUUUCCGGGCAGUUCAUUGUGAUAAUGGCUGUGAAACAAUCCGCUUUCGUUUCUAUGUCAAAUUGAAUGGGAAAUGCAAACUCUUCGUCACAAAUGCCAGUGGUGGUGGAGCAUACGGAAUGUACACAGCAGAUGUUCCAGGUAGCAAUAUCUUCAAAAUCAUUUAUAAAUCCAGCAACUUCAUGGUGAUUUAUGCAAUCUAUAUGGAGGGGGAACACUCUCUGGAUCACACACGUCUCACUUUGGCACUUGGGACUGGAAGAAGUAUGAGUGAGGAAGAGAGGGAGAAAUAUGAAGAACUCACUGCCUUGUGCAACAUUUCACCGCAAAACAUAAGAUACCUCACCGAAGCAGAUACCUGUCCUGAUUAA